AUGCCGAAGUCUGGCUCUCCAGGCUCGCUGAUGGAAGACAAAGAUAGGCAGUGUGAUGGAAAGCCGGAAUCAAACUACCAAGUUCCGGGCGAGGAGGAGGAUACUAGCGGCCAUCUCCAUGGCUGGCGGCUCUGGGUGGUGGCUAUUCUCAUCUCAAUUGUGUACUUCAUUGUACAGGUAGAGAUUAGCAUCGUGACCACUUCCAUUGUGAACAUUACGCAGGAUAUCGGUGGCUUCGUUGUGAUCAAUUCAAAGCUGAGUGAUAUUCUUGGCCGCAAGCUGGUAUUCAUAUCAUGCAUUUUCUUCUUCACCGCGUUCUCGGGCGCUUGCGCGGCUGCCAACACAAUAGAUCAGCUGUACGUUGUCACCAUCCCUCUUUCAGACUAUCUCUGCAACAUCUACUUAUAUUGCUCUCUGCUUUACAGCAUUGUUUUCCGAGCCUUUCAAGGCAUCGGCGGCGGCGGCAGUUAUGCCCUAGGUAGCAUCAUGCUCAUCCAAAUCGUUCCGGCUUCGGAAAUCACGAAGAUGGCAUCAUAUUCAAGCAUUUCCUUCGUUGUUGCCACAGUCUUGGGUCCAAUAAUCGGCGGCGGCAUUUGCCAGCACACAACCUGGCGAUGGAUAUUCCUGUUCAACGUUCCAAUUGGGGUAUUUGCCAUGGUCAUCGCCAUGAUUGGCAUUCCAAACGGAUAUCCUCAUCAUCACAAAGCUGUAAAGCCGCAAAUGGCCAGCUUUUCUGAAAUGCGGACGAGAAUUGACCUGCUCGGGUGUACCCUACUGUUGUUAUCGACUCUCGCCUUCGCUUCUGCGUUUCAAGAGGUCAACAGUCAAUUCUCAUGGGACUCGGCUUAUUUCAUCGCCUUAAUCAUCGCUUCACUUCUUCUCUGUGCGUUGCUAUUGCUCUGGGAACGGAGAGUAGCCGCGCAGAAUGGCCCCCGGGAGCCUGUUUUACCAUGGCGGUUCAUUGUUCGCCGCGAGAUGCUCGGCACAUUGCUGUAUGUCAUCCCCUAUCCCCUUGCUCUUGUUCGUGCGCGAAUUGUCAUCAAACUGACGAUUGAUAUUGAUAUAAGAGGACUCUUCCUGGUCGGCGGAACAGUUGGCGUUACAUCAUUUCAGCUACCGCAGCGUUUCCAGCUUGUCAACGACCUCGACGCGGUCGGUGCUGGCGCUCGUCUUCUUCCCUUCGGCGGAGCCAGUACCGUUGGCGGGAUGUUGAUUGCUCGAGCAUAUAGUAUAUUCAAGACGCCACUGGUGUAUGUUAUUAUUGCUGGUGCGUUAUUACAAGUUGCGGGUUAUGCCUUACUGGGGACUAUCGAUGCCGCUGCCGAUAUACCACCGCAGCUUUAUGGAUAUGAAGUCAUUGCUGGAGUAGGAUGCGGGAUAAGCUAUCUGUCAUUAUUCGCCGCUGUUCCAUUUGCCGCAGAAAAGCGUGAUCAUGCCGUGGGACUAGGAAUCUCACAUCAAUUCCGUGCCCUAGGAAGUGCUCUCGCUAUCGCCAUUGGAGUAUCUAUCUUCAAUGGCCACGUCAUAAAUCGCUUAAAACAAUUAGGAUUUUCAGACCCAGGGAACUUCGUCGCUACCAGUGCCCAGCACCAACUUCUAUCGGAGUUGCGAGACGAUGUGAGGAUGGUUCUCUCCGAUGGAUACAACUCCCAGAUGUUUCUUUUAUGUGGUUUCGGAGCAGCUCAAAUAUUUGCGGCCUUGCUGAUGUGGAAGAGAAAGCAAAUUUUGCCCGCGUAG